AUGAGAUAUCCCUUGAGUUCACCCAUUAGACGAGGGAAUGAAUCGUCAUUUGAUCACGAAGAACAGGACAAUGAUGUGAAUGUAAUAGAUGACCUUCAUAGACGCCAACAACAAAGAUCGAAUCGUUUAUUCCACCCCAUGUCGUCCCCCAUAAGAAGUCAAGACAAAGGAAUAACCAGGGGCAGUUUCAAUCAUGUGAACCAUCAAAACCGAGAUGGUCGAGUGAUUGGUACUUACAAUCGAAAGAAUCGCCACGACAAGAUGAGGGAAGUCAGAGAGAGACACCGGGAAGACAAGCUUCUGAUGAAUCGAGAGAAGAUUGGCGAUUUACAGGAUGUGGAUGACUACCAAAGGAAGUAUGAAGAAGAGGCGAGAAAAUUUGAGAUUGAUUUAGAACGAUUGAUUAACGAUGAGGAGGAACUUGAGAAGGAACGACAGGAAACACAAGCUGCGGACGAAAGAGCAAGGCUCGAAGAGGAAGAAUUAGAGGAGUAUUUAAGAAUGGAACAACAGGAAUUGGAGGAGAUGAUAUCGCAAAUGGAUUUGGGGAGUUAA